CGCGCUGUGUCUUGUGGGUGGAAGCUCACUGACUGGGUUUUGGUGUUUCGUGCAAUGCUGCGAGGGGAAGACCAGAAGCUGACAACGAGUGAGUCUGCAGGUUUGAUUGCAAGGAGCAAAGGGGAGCCUCGAGUUCCUAGAGUUUCAAGCUUAAGAGACGCGGGUUCGAUCCCUGAGUGGGGAAGAUCCUUUGGGGGAGUGCAUGGCAACCCACUCCAGUGUUUUUGCCUGGAGAAUCCCACGAAUACUUCAGUUAGCUUUAGCAGAAGAGAAAUGGAGGAACCAUAGAGCAUUAAGGAUGAAUUCAGGAAGACCCGAGACCAUGGAGAACUUGCCUGCUCUCUACACUAUUUUCCAAGGAGAGCCCUUUUUACAGAGAACAACUUGCUUUGUGAACUUGGACAAGUACUUCAUGUCUCUGGUCUUCACUUUCAUCAUUUGAAAAAUGACAGGAUUGGAUCAACUAAUCUCUAAAGCCCACCUUGCCUUGAUUUUAACAGCAAAAUGAGUACAAAUGGGAAAGCAAGUUCUGUUCAAGAUUCCACAGGUUGCUAUGGUCACAGACUAUGGAGCCUUUAUCAAAAUCCCAGGCUGUCGGAAGCAAGGUCUGGUCCAUCGAACUCACAUGUCAUCCUGUCGCGUGGAUAAGCCCUCUGAGAUAGUAGAUGUUGGAGACAAAGUGUGGGUGAAGCUUAUUGGCCGAGAGAUGAAAAAUGAUAGGAUAAAAGUAUCCCUCUCCAUGAAGGUUGUCAACCAAGGGACUGGGAAGGACCUUGAUCCCAACAACGUUAUCAUUGAGCAAGAAGAGAGGCGGAGGCGGUCCUUCCAGGAUUACACUGGGCAGAAGAUCACCCUUGAGGCUGUCCUGAACACCACCUGCAAGAAGUGUGGCUGUAAAGGCCACUUUGCAAAGGAUUGUUUCAUGCAACCAGGUGGGACCAAGUACUCUCUGAUACCCGAUGAGGAAGAGGAGAAAGAAGAGGCAAAGUCAGCAGAGUUUGAAAAGCCUGACCCCACAAGAAAUUCUUCUAGAAAAAGAAAGAAGGAAAAGAAGAAAAAGAAACAUAGAGACAGGAAGUCAUCUGACUCUGACAGCUCAGACUCUGAGAGUGAUACAGGCAAGAGGGCAAGGCACACAUCAAAGGACAGCAAGGCAGCAAAGAAGAAGAAAAAGAAGAAGAAGCACAAGAAGAAGCACAAGGAGUGAGAGUGGAGAGUAGAGAGGGUGGCUGAGAGAAGGAAUCGGAGCCUGUGCUUUGAAGCCCUGGCUCCUAGAAAGACUCAGUGUGAGAAUAUGGCCUCCCACCCUCUUCUCUCCCAUGGGAGAUGGCGUCCCCUUGUGCCACAGGCAAGUCUGGGAGUUAGGUAUCAAAAGCAUCUGCCUGAA